AUGCGCAUAAAAUUUGAAACGAGAGUGUGUGCGCCGGUGGCGGGCAACGAGUCUCGAACGAAGAAGAGGAAGAUGGACACAAAAAACAAGAGAGUGUUGGGACAGUCUGCAGUUCAUGGUUCUUCAAAAUCUUCAAUAGUCAAACUUGACGCUAAUUCUGAGAGAAAUGCAGCGUUCUACAGUCAAGAGGGGGUUGUCACACGCUAUCCCAAGACUGCCGUGUACCCCAGGGAGGGAGGGGAGAUACAACUGGAAAAGCUCAGAGCAUGGCUCCCCAAAUACCGUCCUGAUGAUUUGGCUGGAGACAAUAUGGAAACAUCUAAUAUGGAAAUGACCAUGGCGUGCACCACCAAUAUCACCAUCCUGCCUGGCCUCAUGGACAGAGGCCCCCAGAACAAGGAGAAUACUUCUGCUGUCCCCAGACAGACUAAGGGUUUUGGGACUCGCCAGCCCCUCAAAGAUGUGCUGAUGGCAUUCCUCCCAUCUGGACACUCACCGCCGGAUGAGAAGCUGGGUCGGCUGUGUGAGGAGAUGGGGGGAGAAGUGAGGAGGAGGGGGAGGGUGAGGGAGGAGGAGGAGGAGGACAGUGGGGAGUUCAUUAGUGAACUGUUGGAUGACAUGAUGCUCCAGCAGUCAGCAGAGAGGCAGAUGGAGAGACAGAAGAGCAAUGUUGCUGGAGGUGUGACAGGUGUGAGAGACAAGAAGCAGGUCCCUGUCCCACAGAACCUUCCCCCGGACCUGGAGAUCCUUGUCAACCAGGAAAACUGCCAGCCACUACCCUCUGUCCGACCCAACGUCAGCGGACGAGGCUGUAUUACACGACUGAAUUUCAGUGAUGCGGAGAGCUCACUCGGUACCAGUCAGCUCAACAGUCUCACGGAGGACUCUGUCGGUGGCAGAAGCUCUUUCCUUGCCCAUAGUCAGGUGCGUGUCCAUGAGCAGUCGGGGGCAGGAGGGCAGUCAUUUGAGGUGUUCCACGACUCCUGGAGAAACCAGUCUCACAACGCCAGCUAUGGCAGACCCGACAAACUACAGCCAGCACCUCCCAGACAGAAAUCACUCAUUGAGAGAAAGGCAGGAGCUGAGGCCUGCAGCCUGGCUGAGUCCUACCAGUCGUACGACCAGUCCCAGUCCUUCCAGGCCGCCGUCUCAAAGGGCAACAUGAGCUCCUUCAGCAUCUACGAGGACACUGCGGGCGAGCAGUCGAGUAUCGCCCCCUUUCACGACUCGUGGGCCAACUCCUCGAAAGAUGGAGGAGGAGCGGCCAGCAGUAGGGUAGGUGUUGGUACUCGUGGAGUCGUUGAGCUCAAGGUGUCGUCGACUGAGUCUGGCCGGGAGAGGGAUGGUGGGGUGGUGUACCACGCUGCUCUCGGGGUACCCCUGGAGGGAGUUGGGGGAGGGGUCAAGAUGGGCGGUGGGGUAAACUGUAGCCUCGUUGACCAGAGCUUCACUCAGGUUGGCAUCCCUCACCCCAAGAUAGCUCCCAGCAUCUCAACCCCUGUCGGCAAGAACAUGGAUUUCACAUUUGACAUGUCACGUAUCCAGUCAGAGACAGAGUUCCUACCCCGGACUACCAACUACCACUGCCAGCACCAACAGCAUGGGGAGCAGCAGGAGCCACUAGAGACGGCAGGUGGUGGGGCAGUGGGAGCAGUCGGCGGCCCGCAGCGCAAGCGGAGCUGCAUCCUGGGAACCAUGAACCUCAGCACCAUCCGGGAGGAGUCGUCCAGUUUCAAGAGCAGUCGCAGUAGUACCACCACCGGGACCAUCAGCAGCUCCUCGGGCAGCAGUGUCAGUCACGAGAGCCUCGGCCCCGGAUUCCCGCCCCAUGAGGUCAACAUUAACCCCUUCUCCUCCGAGAUUGUCAAUAUGAUGCUGAAUGCGAUGAGUCCGAGUGUGGUGGAGGAGGCGGUGUUUCCUCUCCCCGCUGGGUCCCGUCUCCCUCAGCUGGCCUCCGGUAGGACGGUGAUGCUGGGUCACAGGGAGUUCACCGGGCUCAAGAAGAUUGCCAGUGGAGGGUUCGGUACCGUCUACUCCUGCAAGGACCAGGGUGACACCAAAGUUUUGAAGGUGCAAAAGCCUGCAAUGCAGUGGGAGACUGUCGUCGUAUCAGAGCUCCACAUCAGACUAAAGACAUCGGGCCUCCCUGUACAAUCUUUUGUGAAUGCUGAGCAGACAUUCGUGUAUAACGAUGCAUCUGUCAUGGUUCUACCUCACUACAAACACGGGUCUCUGCUGGACCUGGCCAAUGCUCACGGAGCAGGUCUGUACGACCUGUUCCAGUACUACUACACAGCAGAGGUGCUGGAGAUAGUGGCUCACCUCCACCACUGCGGCAUCCUGCACACCGACCUCAAACCUGACAACUUCAUGCUCACCGACCUCAGUGGCCACAAGAACUUUGUGUCGGCAGCUGGGAGUGGUCUGGUGUUGAUAGACUUUGGCCGAGCGGUGGAUCUGGCUGUGUUCCCUGGAGACACUCUGUUUCACGGAUCCUCCAACACCGACGGAUUCCAGUGCACUCAGAUGCUCGAAGGGAAACCCUGGAAAUAUGAGGCAGACUACUUUGGUAUUGCUGGGACAGUGCAUGUACUGUUGACUGGGGAGUACAUGUCAGUUCAGAGAAACCCUGGAAACGGACUGUACCAUCCUUCCAAGCCAUUCCCCAGGGCCCGGCGCAGCACUCCAUGGAGUGAGUUCUUUGGCUGUCUACUAAACACAACCCAGCCUCUACCACUGGCUGAGAUGGCUGGGGAUAUGAGGACCAAGCUGAAAGGCAUCGACGGCUAUGUGUUCCAGGCCUUCUCCAAGAACGUUUUCACUGCUGUUCACAAGAUACUCAAUCAAGGAAAAUGACAGGCCAUUGAUUUGUUUGUGUCUCUUCCAUCCAUGUUUGUCUACUAUUUCUACUUUGGGCGCACACAUGUGGAGCGUACGCUGUGAAUGUGCGCAUGCGCGUAUCCUAGUGUUCACUGAUGUUGUUUUCAGCGCGCAGCAUCUCUAGACGGACAUCGUCGCGUCAUGUCGCGGACUAAACUACCCGAAAUAAAGUACCAGCCUUUGCCGAGAUUUCUGCACAUCUCGCAGUGUUUGGCGGGCGGGACGGUGGUGGUACAGGGCGGACUGACGAAGCAUUCGUCCCAGGAGAGCAGGGAAAAGUUUACGGCCGUCGUAGAGGUUCUGGAGCUCCUCUCCGAGACCUGGGAGCAGAAGAAAGUGUCGGGACAUGCCCCGCCGCCGGGGACGCAGUCUGCGGCCUCCGCCUCGCUCGGUGGCGACCUGUUCACGUUCGGAGGUUGGGACAGGGCGCAGCACCUGAGCACGCUGCGGCGGUUGGACUCUGAGACUCUCGUGUGGUCCAUAGUCUCACCUUGGGACUCGCCGGGAGCCCCUACGCCAAAGUGCGGCUGUGGGAUGGUUGCAUUCGGAGCGGAGAAUCUAGGGAUCUUCGGUGGUAAAAAUAUAGGAAUCUCCAAGUGGUUGAAUGAAUUUCACUUGUACAAUUUGAGAGAUGGAACCUGGAGUUGCCCAAUGACGACUGGCAAUGUCCCUCCUCCUUGCUCUGACCUCACCUUCACUGCAGUGGACAGCCGACGGGCCGUCCUGUUUGGAGGUUGGAAUGACCAGCAGGACCACAUGACCGAUGUGUACAUUAUCGACAUUGCCACCAUGAAGUGGAGCAAAGUCAGCAGAGCCGGAGAUGAUCCGUGGCCAGAGGAACGAGCCUCGGCUGCAGCUUGUUGCCUCAACUAUGACCAGAAGAACCCUCAACUCCUGGUCACAGGAGGAGUCAACAAACAGAAACAGCCACUGAGAGAUGCCUGGGUUCUCGAUGUGGACAAGACUACCUGGAGAAAGGAGGAAGUGUCUCUGGAGCCCUGCUGGGGGCACACACUCAAUGCCUGCCACCUGGCUCCAGGACUAGCUGAGGUGACCAUGUUUGGAGGCUCUCGGAAACCUCGGGGCUCAGACAAGAAAAAACUGACUGGCACAACUCUACUACUGUACAGACUGGUUGAGUCUGGAUGGACGCUGCACUCGACAGCAGAGAGCUCCCAGCUUUCAUCCCAGCAGAGAGUUGUGGAUAAGAUCCGGUUCGUGGCUGCAGCGGAGGUUCAAAGGGCAGAUUGUAAGACGAUCAUGGCUGAAGGAGAGAGAGACAGGAUAAAAGAAGAAAAGAGGUUGGCAUUAGAGCGAAUGGGAGAACUGGAGGGGGAGAGGGAUAGAGCAAGGGAAGAAAAGACGGAGGCAUUGGAGCGAAUACGGGUUCUGGAAGGUGAGAGGGACAGAGAGCGUGAGGAAAAGAGGGCGGCGUUGGAGCGAGUGCGGGUUGUGGAGGGGGAGAGGGACAGGGAACUGGCAGAGAAGUUGGCAGCAUUGGAGAGAGUAAGGAUUCUGGAGGGGGAGAGGGACAGGGAACGACAGGGGAAGCGGGUGGCAUUGGAGCGGGUGCGGGUUGUGGAAGGCGAGAGGGACAGGGAGCGGGCAGAAAAGAGGGCAGCAUUGCAGCGAGCGCAGUCUGUAGAGGAGGACAGGAACAAGGAACGGAAGGACAAGAAAACAGCAGUGGAAAUGGUGCGAGUGUUGGGGAGUGAAGGGACUGGGAAACAGGAGGCCGAGCAAAUAAUGACGACGAUGCAUAGGGAAAAGACCAGGGUCGAAUCUGAGAGGGACAGGGCUAGGGUUGAACUCAGGCAGGCGCAGGCAAGGGUCACUGAGCUGCAGCGGAGGCUGAACAUACCGCAACAGAGGGAGCACGAGAGCCAGGUGGUGCGAGAGCAGGCUGCUACAGCCGAACGCCGCGGUCCGUCGUGGGUGGUGAGACCUGACGAACUGGAGUUGACCGAGGAAGAGAUUGGCUGCGGUGGGUGGGGGAAGGUGAAGGUAGCCAAGCUCAAGGUGGCAGCAAAGGUUCUGCACGGACAGCUCACCUACGACUACUACCAGCAGCAAUUCAGGCGAGAGAUGGAUGUAGCAGCACGGAUCCGCCACCCUAACCUUCUUCGUUUCCUCGGAGCACGUCUUGAGGGAGGUAUGGUCAUCCUGACAGAGCUCAUGCCGACCAGUCUAAGAACUCUUGUCAACAGACGUCCAAAACAGCGCCUGCCAAAGGAGCACCUUCUCUCUAUCGCAACCGACAUUGCCUGUGCCCUUAACUACCUCCACAACAUGACCCCCGACCCCAUCAUCCACAGGGACCUCAGCAGUUCCAACGUUCUCCUCCAGCCCUCUCCCAGCGGGGGCUGGCUGGCCAAGGUCUCUGACUACGGCUCGGCUAACUUCCAGAGCCAGUUGCACACGGUGUACCCUGGCUCCCCUGUCUACACUGCCCCAGAGGCCCACAACCCUACCCUCCAGUCACCCAAGAUGGACAUUUACAGUUUUGGUGUGCUCCUGAUAGAAGUUUGGACCUGCGACUUGCCCGCCCCCGACAAUCGCAUUCGGCUGAUUGCGUCAAUCAACCUACAGACGAUGGUGAACCUCAUUCACCAGUGUAUGUAUGAAGACAAAGAAAAACGUCCGACUGCCGCUCAACUCGUGGACCUCCUGAAGGCCAUGUAUUAGCACAUGCACUCAAUAAAUUAAUGUUAGGAGUAGAGUAGCUCCAAAUGCACAUCUAGUAUUAUACUUGAUAUUGACUUCAUUACUAUG